AUGAACAGUCGUGUCACAAUCACCCUUCCUGGCUACGGGCCCUUCUACCUCGCCCCUGAUGCAAACAUCCCGUGCUCCCUGGAACCUAUCCAGGCCGGCGGAUCUUUCGAGUCUCUUGAAGUGCUGCAAAGAGCGGCCUAUGACUAUGUAUACCGCGCACAAUGGACUGGCAGGACCCAGCCCCAAGGGGGUCGUGCAACUCCUCUCGACGUUGUACUGAAGCUACAUUACUGUCGGCGUAUCACGCCGCGGGAGCUAGAGCGAGAAGCUGAAAUGUACGGCCACGCCCGGGGGACCCAAGGAUACUCUAUCCCUCGGUGCUAUGGACUGUUCCGCGGCGCGGCUGAGAGCGAUCCGAACGAAAUGAUAGUGGUUCUGGUGCUCGAAUACUGCGGCGAAAACCUGACCGACCCCAAAGGCCACCUCAUCGAUUUCUACGAUAUGGACCGUGACCGACAGAAGAUGGUGGCACAACAAACUGUUGCGCUCCAUCAUUUUGGGGGCCUAGAACACAAUGACUUGUAUGCGCGGAAUGUCGUGUGGACCGACGACAACCGGGCUGUCAUCGUCGACCUCGCGCACGCUAAUAAGCACGAAUGCAAGCAACGCGGCACGAUCACGCGGUACACAAUGAUUCCUGAGCCACUCGACUUCGGAUGUGACGAGAUUCACGACAUAUGCUUGGAAUGUCGGAUUUGGUUCUCCCCCGAGAUGGAAUUUGUAGGUCAAAUCAUCCCGGCGAGCAGUAUCUACACAUUGGAGGACAUAUUGAGACCUGUCAAGGAAAGUGGCGAGUAUCUAACUCCGAGGCGCAUGGCUGAGGCCGAGCAAAUCCUGGAGGAAAUCGAAUUCCGACGCAAACACUAUCCGUCGAGUUUAAAGAGUCCGACGAGGACCUAA